UCACUCCCAUGUCUUUAUUUUUGCUCAUCUUGAAUUACCAAAAACAAAAAAGUAAUAAAAUCUCACUUGUCAAAAACAAAAAGCCCCCCAUUCCAAGGCCUCUUUAUCUGCCAAAACCCUCCAAAUCUCUGUAUCCUUUCCUCCUCCUUUACUAACAAACAUCAUGGCCUCUCAUCACCACUGCCAAAACCAUGUCUCCGUCCCCACCACCACGACCCCUUGCUGCUGUUACAGCCACUGUUCCCCCCAACCUCACCACCACCCAAUAUCACCACCACAAUUAUCUAUUGAUCCACUUCUCCAGUCCCUUGUUUCUCUCCUCCAGCAACAGCAGCAGCAGCGGCAGCACCACCAAUCCCAUAUUUUCUCUCCUUGCCUUAACAGAACGAACAGCCAAACAAAAAAUCAUCACCAGAAAUCAAAGCUAUAUUUUCAACAAGAAGAUGACCCCCAACAAACCCAUUUUGUUCUCGCUUCUCUUCUUCAACGAAUCAACACUCUUGAGUCCUCACUUCACCAAUUUUCUGCUUCAUGUACGAAUAACCAUAACUAUCCUUCACAUUCUCUCAGAGACACAGCUGCACGUGUUAUUCAAACCCAUUUCCGUGCCUUUCUUGUUCACAGAUCAAGAACCCUAAGGCAGCUCAAGGAGCUUGCUUUUAUCAAAUCCAGUUUCAACGCUCUCAAAUCUUCUAUUUCUACUGAAUCCCAUUUUGAUUUCAAGGUCGCUUCUCAUAGAGCCAUGGACUUGCUCCUCAAACUUGACUCCAUUCAGGGUGGUGAUCCUAUGAUCAGAGAUGGAAAAAGGUCAGUUACUAGAGAUUUGGUAAGGUUUUUGGAGUUUGUUGAUGGAUUUGCAAUAAAAAGGCAUGAACUUUCGUAUAAAUCUGCUAGGAAUGUGAGGGCUUUAGGGAAUACUAACAAAGCUAGGGCUUUGAAUGCCAAGAAUGGUUAUGGUGGUUGUCGAGAUUUGACUGAAAGUCAAAGGGAAAUAGUGGAUAAAUUGAGAAAAAGAGUUGAAAAGAUUAGUGGGUUUUCGAGGGCUUGUGAAAAUGACCAAGAAGAUGUGGAGCUUGAAGGGUUUCAGCAAUUCGUUGAUGAUGGGGAUGGAGAGUUAAACCGAAAAGUUUCUGUUGAUGGAAAGCGUGGUGUUUCAUUGAAAAAACGUGUUGGUCAACCUAGAGUGAAGAAAACUGUUAGUUUUGUUGAGAAUGGGAAUUCUUAUAGGGUAAUCAGCGACACAGAUGAGUCAGUUCUAAACGGAGAUGGUAGUUCCAAUGAUGGGAGUGAUUACAGUGAUGAUCAUGGGGAGGCUGUGGAGAUCCAUUGUGCUGAAACGGAGGAAAGAAAAGGAUUUUCUAAGGUUGCUGAGAAUGACCAGGAAGCUCAUUUGGAGGAUGGUGGGUCAUCACAUAGCAGUGACAGUGGGUAUCGCUUGGAUAAAGAUGGGAGUUUAGUUUUCUCCGCUCCAGUGCCUGUGAAGAUGGAAUCAAGAGCUGAUUUGAUGAAGAGAAAGGCUGUGAAAAUUGUCACAUAGGGGGCCAGUCAUUGGGCUUGAAUUCUGAAGUCAUGCAAAAUUCUGUGGCUUGGCUGGCGCUUUAGGUUCCCUUGUAUUCUAAUUAUCAGUUGUUAGUGCAAUACUGACGAAAUGUGUUUGUAGGAAUUUCCUAUAUUUGUGAGAGAUUGUGAGGUUUGUGAGUGCAAUCAGCUACGUUCUCCCAAAAAUUUUAGAUGUUCAGUGAGUAAUAAAUUCCACAGCUGAGAUUGUUUUAA